GAUGAAGGAGGAACUGAAGUUUAACUACAUUCUGGUUGUUGAUACUGAAGGUCUUCGUGCUCCUGAACUGGCUGGAAUGUCAAUAAGACAUCAUGAUAAUGAACUGGCAACAUUUGUAGUGGGGCUUGGAUCAACAUUUUUGGAGAAAACCCAUCAGAGAUGCAGGACAUCUUUCAGAUUGUUGUUCAGGCCUUCAUGAGGAUGAAGAAGGUCAGACUGAACCCCAGCUGUGUGUUUGUUCAUCAGAAUGUUACUGAUGUUGCAGCUGGAGAUAAAAACAUGGAAGGAAGAAGACGUCUGCAGGAGAAACUGGAUGAAAUGGCAAAGCUUGCAGCUAAAGAAGAAGUUUGUGAGGCAGAAAGUUUCAGUGAUGUCAUUGCAUUUGAUGUACAGGAAGAUGUGAGAUACUUUGCACAGCUCUGGGAGGGCAGCCCACCAAUGGCUCCACCAAACCCAUCCUACAGUGAGUGUGUUCAGGAACUGAAAAAUACCAUUCUCAAAAAAGCCCCUACAUCUCACACACUGACACUGUCUGAAUUCAGCACACGUUUAAAGGACUUGUGGAGUGCACUCCUUUAUGAAAAUUUUGUCUUUAGCUUCAGAAACACACUGGAGAUCGCAACUUACAGAAAACUGGAAGCUGAAUUUAGUAAAUGGACCUGGACCCUGAGAAGUGUCAUGUUGAGUAUAGAAGAUAAACUUCUGUAUAGAAUAGAAAAUGGAGAUCUUCAUGUGGGUGAAAACGACCUUAUAGAAAAUAUGAAGAAGACACGAGAGGAAGUGACAAAGUCAAUGAUCCAAUUCUUUGAGGAGGACAGGGACAAAGACACUCUGAUUCAGUGGAAAAGCAGAUUCACUUCUAAAAUUUAAGAACUUUAUGAUGAACUGGUCAUAGAAUCAAAAACAAAACUGAUUGAAGUCAUUGAGCAGAAGAAGACUAAAGAGACGCUGGAGAAAAGAAAGACAGAUUAUGAAAAGAAGCUCUUUAAUCUGAGCAAGGAGCUGGCUCCGAGUCAAAACAAGGAAAAGACAGAUGAAGACACACUCAAGAGAGAAUUUGACAAUGUAUGGAGGAAAUGGAUCACUGACAUCACAAAAGACACACCAAAAGUUAAGGACAUAGAUUUUUGGGAGGAUGUUAGAAGAAUCUUGUCUGAAAGCUUUGAAAUGUCCCUUGUGCAUGAACGUCUUUCACAGGAAGCCUAUAAAACUAUCAACAGUCUGGGACAUUUCUGUGAUUACAUUGUUUUGAACAAGAAUGACAAUAUUUCUAACAAGAGUGAACAACCUCAGACUCAGGCAAAGAGAGGAUGGACUUCAAACCAUGUGCAGAUUGUGAGUAAUAUUUUUAGGAAGAAAAAUUAUGCUAAUGCAGAGGAGCACAUCUUAAUAAGGGACCUAAUCAGUGACAUUGUUGAGAAAACAUCACAGAUAAUUAAGGCAAUAUGGCGUGCACAGUCUGGCUACAACAGUGGUCAGGUUCAGCAAAUAAUAGAUUUAGUCAAAAACACUGUAAAAGAAUAUCAAAUAAAAAAGCAGAGCUAUGUGUUUAGGAAAGAGUUCACCGUGGAUCUGUGCCUGUUUGUAUGUGACCUGACAAAACCCACAUUUCUUGAACAAUUCAAGAGAGCAAACAAUCCAGAACAUUACCUGGAGAGUCAGAAAGAGCAGUACUAUAAUGUCUACAAGAACUUCUGCCAAGGUGCCACAACAACAGCAAUAUUUGGAGAAGUUCUCUGCAGCAAACUUGAACCAUCAAUACUGCAAGCUGUUUACAAUGAAACUGCUAUCAAUGUGGCAGCAGAAAUGAGGGCUUCAAUUCCUGCAUUAAGGAGUAACAGAUCAAACCUGGAGAAGCAUAUCCUGAGAACCCUUGCAGAGGAGGAGAACUUUGAGAACUACAGAGAAUACAUUCACAAUCCCAAACAGUACUUCACAAGAUUCAUCUUGAAUCAGGCUCUCAAGUACCUCAAUAAUGAGAAAUACAAGAUUCAGACCAUUUUCAGAGGAAAUUUGGAAAACAAAAAGCUGAAAAUUAACAAUGCAGUCUAUGUUGCAACAGACGAGGUCAGAAAAAAACAUGGUAAUGCCAACAUGUGGAUGAAAUGCUUUUCCAAAACUCUAAUAGAAGAUCUGAAAUUCACUGAAAUCUCAAAUGUUGAUUCUAUGGAAAUCACAGACUUUGAUUUUCUUAGCAAAAUUUUAACUGAAGGUCUUACAAAAAUGGUGAUAAAUCUGCAUGAAGCAGAUAUAAAACUGGAAAUGCUCCAGAAGAGGUCAGAGGAGAUUUUGAUUGAUCAUUUCUGUCAGUGUUGCUGGGCCCAGUGUCCUUUCUGUAAAGCCAUCUGCAUCGGCACAAUGAAAGACCAUGAUGGAGAACACAGUGUUCCUUUCCAUCGGGCACAUGGAAUCAGUGGGAUGUAUUACAGAGGAACAGUGAAUCUUCGUUCUGAUUUCUGUACAACUGCGGUUCAGACUGAUAAAAGAUUUUUGCCCAGUGGAGAAUCAAAGUCAGUUCCUUACAAACAGUACAGAACAGCAGGAGGAGAGUACGCUACCUGGAACAUCACCACCGACUGCUCUGAGCUGCCGUACUGGAAAUGGUUUGUGUGCAGAUUCCAGGAGGACCUGGAAAACCUUUACAGUAAAAAAUUCCAGGGGUCAGGAAAAAUUCCUGAUGAAUGGAAGAAGUACACCAAGGAGGAUGCUUUAGAGAGUUUGAACAAUUACAUAUAAAGACAAAGAGAGGUUAAAUGAAAUCAUUCUCAUAUAUAAUGGAUUCUUGCACUUAACAAAACAACUUCUAAAUGAAUUCUCACGCAAAUCAUUAAUUUUAGGACAAAAUAUUAAGUCUUAUUUUAGUUUAUAUGUCUACACAAUAAAAUGGUCUAAAAUAAGAUUUUGGUACAUUGCCUUACACUGAAUGAUUUGCUUCUUUUAUAUCAGUUUCUUUUUUGCAUAUAGAGUAAAAUGUAUGUGAUGAUUCUACUGCUAAAAAUCCUAUUUAGAAUCAGUGUAACAAAAAUGUAUUUUUCUUUGCCUUUUUAAUAACGCUAUCCAUGUAAACUGAUGUGAGCUCAAGUGGAAAUCAAGUGGUAACUUUUCAAUUUCUAAUAACAAAACUGCAUUUUUAUAGCAUUACAGUUGAUAAGGGAUAAAGUAAACUGUUUACCCUUAUAUGAUUCACUCUAAUCUAUAUCACUCUUAUAUUGAUCACCUUUUAUAUACCCACAACUGCAUGUGUGUGUUUCUGUAUCUUUCUCAACUGAAAAUGUACUUCUUUAUAACAAUGCAUCUAUAUUCAACUCAUGCUGUGUAAAUGUUGUUCAGUAGAAAAGUAGGUGAAGCAAACUGUCCAUUGUAAUAAGUAACAGACAGGAAUAUUCAGGGUUUUAUUUUCACUCCAAAAUGUGAUUGUGCACAGCUGCACUUGUGCUGCACUGGUGUUCAAAGUUCACUCUCAUCCCUUCACCUGCAUCUCUGUGCUUCUUUCUGCUUGUAUUUCUCUUUUCUUAAUAAAUAUAUUUCUCAUUACAA